GGUAUUUGCUGUACGCGGUGAUUAUGCUCUCAGUAUUUGUUAGGAUGCAGAGUAACGCCCUGCCAACUUUCAUCAUUUCUAUUUUCUUUUUCUUUUUGUUUUCUCCUCAAAAGCUUCAACUAAACUUUGUCACCUUUAUAUAAACGCACCCUUCUCCUUUCUAAAUUCUUCAAACUCUUUGUUUCUCACUCACUCACUCUCUCUCUCUCUCACUCAUUCUCUCACUCUGUCUCACUUUGGUCAUGGCUUUAGAAGGUCACGAUUUGAAUUUGGGUUUCGUGUGGGAAAGCCAGUCUUUGGGUUCUCUUCCCAAUUUUGAUAACGCAAGUGAGAGCAGAGAGAAGUUAGAUAUAAAGCCACAAAACAAGAAGGAAGAAGGAAAUGGAGAAGAAGCUCUUGUGAAUAAGAAGAGAAGUCGAGGUAAUAGAAGAGAGAAGAAUGUUGUCGCUGAUGGUGAAGGGAAAGUUGAUCACGAAGUGCAGAUAUGGAUUGAGAGAGAAAGAAGAAAGAAAAUGAGGAACAUGUUCGAUACCCUUCAUGCUUUGCUUCCUAGGCUUCCCUCUAAGGCUGAUAAGUCAACCAUCAUCGACGAAACAGUGAGCUAUAUAAAAACCUUGCAGGAGACCCUCGAAAAGCUUGAGAAACAGAAGCAAGAAAGGCUCCAAUCAUCUAUGUUAAACUCGCAAUGGCAACAACCCUGUGACUCAAGGGAGGGUCUUAUUCCUGAUAUGGGAUCUUCGAUCAGCUUAUCCUCUGGAAUGGUGGGAAUGAAAACUUCUUCAAAUCCUUCAAUUUCAUCUAAUUCAGCUUCUGUGCAACCAGUGGGUUUUCAAACAUGGUCUUAUCAAAAUAUAGUGUUGAAUGUUAUUGGAUUUGAAGCACAAUUUUCCAUUUCUACUGCCAAGAAGAAAAGUACCUUAACCACCAUUGUUUUUGUGCUGGAAAAGUAUAAGAUUGAGGUCAUUUCUGCUAACAUUGUAUGCAACGGUAAUUCAAAUGUGUACCUCAUUAUUGCUCAAGCAAAACAAGAUUCAUAUCUAUUUCAAGAUGUAAAUUCGGUGGCUGAAAUUUACAAGAAAGCGGCUGGAGAAAUUCAGUUAUUCAUUGCUUAAAUUUUGGUCACAAAAUUAAGACUUGUCUAUUUAUCCUGUUAAUGUAUAAUUUUAUUUGCGUUAGAAAAAGUUCGUGCUUUUAUUCCGUAACAUUAAAGCAGACUAUUAUAAUCUUUCAUCUUUGUACUGUAAUUGAAACUAGUAUGUGUGUUUUCUGUGUUCGUUUCCCAAUAUUAUAGAGAGAGAGUAUUAAAACUCUUUCUUACUUCAA